GGAAUUUGGACGGGAAGCUUCACUUGGAGACGAUUCCCAACAGCUAUUUGAAGCUACCUGUCGCCCGCCUCUGUUGCCAACAAUCCUCUUCAGCAGACACUCUGAUUGCCAGGAUAAUCCAUAUUUCGAAUUUUUACGAUACCAUUCUCACCGCCCACGCAAACACCACAGCACAUAGCUCGAUCGACAACACACCGUCAACAUGUCCGGCCUCUUUGGCGCCGCAUCGUCGGCCUCGUCGAGCAACACGGUUGGCGAUCUCAAGCAGGACGUCGCUCUCAACAACCCGCCCGACGACAGUAUUUCCGAUCUCGCCUUCUCUCCCGCUCAGAACCAGACCAGCGACUUCCUGGCAGUCUCCAGUUGGGACAAGAAGGUCAGGAUAUACGAGAUUGCACCCAACGGGCAGAGCGAAGGGCGGCACGCCUACGAACAUGAUGGUCCAGUCUUGGGCUGCGAUUGGUCCAAGGACGGCACAAAAGUUCUCUCUGGCGGCGCCGACAAGGCCGUCAAGCUCUGCGACCUGGGCUCCCAGCAGACGAUCAAGAUUGGCGAGCACGACCAGCCCGUCAAGUCGGUCCGCUUCUUCGAGUCGUCCGGCACCCCGAUGGCCGUGUCGGGCUCCUGGGACAAGACGGUCAAGUACUGGGACAUGCGCUCGCCCACACCCGCGGCGUCGCUGGCCUGCCAGGAACGCGUAUACACGAUCGACGUGCGAAACGACCUCCUCGUCAUAGGAACCGCCGACCGGUACAUCAACGUGGUGGACCUCAAGAACCCGACAAAGUUUUACAAGACCCUGCAGAGCCCUCUCAAGUGGCAGACGAGGGUCGUCAGCUGCUUCGCGGACGCCGCUGGCUUUGCCAUUGGUAGUAUCGAGGGACGUUGCGCGAUUCAGUAUGUCGAGGACAAGGAUGCUACAUCCAACUUCUCCUUCAAGUGCCACCGAGACCCUCCCGCCAAUAACGUCACCAACGUCUAUGCCGUCAAUGACAUCUCGUUCCACCCCGUUCACGGCACCUUCAGCACGGCCGGCUCCGACGGCACCUUCCACUUCUGGGACAAGGACGCCAAGCACCGUCUCAAGGGCUACCCCCAGGUCGGCGGCAGCAUCACGGCCACCACCUUCAACAAGACCGGAUCCAUCUUCGCGUACGGUAUCAGUUAUGACUGGGCUAAGGGCUUCCAGCACAACACGCAGGCGUACCCCACCAAGGUCAUGUUGCACCCGGUUCAGGCGGAUGAGUGCAAGCCUCGCCCGACCAUGAAGAAGCGGUAAAUGUGCAAAGGGGGUUGAGUGGUUGGACAAGUUGGAUUCACACCUAGAUGAGUGGGGUGGGCGGCGUGCGUAAGGCAGUUGACUACAGGACGUAGUGGGCGGACAAUAAGUAGAUGCUACUGCGCCAGGAUGGAUACCUGUGUAAUGUACGAGGAGGGUCGAUGAAUUCGGGGUUCUCAGUCACAGGUGCAAGCAAAUUUUACGGAAUCGCGGAUUGUAUUCGCAAAAAGGAGUGUACGGUACCGGAC